AUGACUUAUACCCAAUUAUACAUACCACUCGAGAUAUCAAGGGAAGUGGUUUGUUUACUGGGGAACUUGGGAAAUGUGAUGUUUAGAGAUCUCAAUCGAGACUUGACGGCAUUUCAAAGGGGAUAUGUGGAUCAAAUAAGGAAGUUUGAUGAGGUGGAUAGGUUGGUAGGACAUAUGAGGGAAAUCGCAGAGAAGCAUGCGGCCGCAACGUGGAGAUACAUUCUGCAUACGGAUGACGAAGGUAAUGCGAUUCAGCAUCCAAACGUCGCUCAAUUGAUUCGUACCAUGCACACUCACACUCAUGAUUCUAUUCAGGAGAUGGUGGAGGAUGUGACUUCUUUUGAAAGCCGUGUAAGACAGAUGGAUGACUCUUUGAACAACCUGCGAAAACGACUUAGCGCUCUUCUGGAAGAGCGGAGUACCAUUUUCGAAUGCUCAAGAUUCCUGCAAGGACAUCCCGGGAUCUUUGGUAGAGUGACCCGAGAGCAGCGAGAAAGGAUGGACGUCGACGAGUUCAGCUUGACCAACGACGAUGUCAGUGAAGAUCUGAGCGACACGUUCUCGUUCGAAGGCGCCGGUGAAACCGAUGCUGCUGGUAUCUACGAGCAGUCUCAGGAAAACUCCAGACAUGGAAGCCUCUCCAGCGGAAGUUUUGAUAUGCUUGAGCGCGGUUUUCACAAUAGAUUUCUGAUAGCGGGAUCGAUAAGAAGGGAUAAAGUCGAAGUGCUAAACAAGAUUCUAUGGCGACUACUACGUGGUAAUCUAUUUUUCAAGAACUUCCCCAUAAAUGAAACUUUAGUGGAGGACGAUGUAGGCGUUGAAAAGGACUGUUUCUUGGUGUUUACUCACGGUGACACCCUUUUAUCCAAGGUGAAGCGAGUAGUCGACUCGUUGGACGGGAGAGUUUUCAGCUUGGAUCAACAGUCUGACAGAGCUUUACAGAAACUGAAUGAUAGAAUAUCUGAUCUUCAACAAGUGGUCCUGACAACCGAACAAACAUUGCAUACUGAGCUACUAGUUAUUACCGACCAAUUACCGAUGUGGAAUGCUAUGGUAAAGAGGGAAAAAUAUAUUUACGCAACAUUGAACCUGUUCAAACAAGAAGCACAUGGUUUAGUUGCUGAAGGUUGGAUACCAAGCUCUGACUUGUUGAUAGUAUCAAAUGCCCUCAAAGAUUACAGUGAAAGCGUGGGGUCUGAAUAUAGUACAGUAGUUAGUGUUAUCCACACCAACAAGCUGCCUCCGACAUUUCACAGAACGAAUAAAUUUACUGUAGCAUUCCAAUCGAUAGUUGACGCUUAUGGGAUUCCUACUUAUAAGGAGAUUAAUCCAGGUUUGGCGACCAUUGUAACCUUUCCUUUCAUGUUUGCCAUCAUGUUUGGUGAUUUGGGCCAUGGAUUCAUUCUAUUUACCAUUGGUCUAGUCUUUUGGUUAAAUGAGAGGAAGUUCGAAGUUAUGAAGAGAGGCGAGAUAUUUGACAUGGCGUAUACGGGAAGAUACGUUAUUCUGCUCAUGGGAGCGUUUUCAAUGUACACAGGAAUCAUGUACAAUGAUAUCUUUUCAAAGUCUAUGACACUUUUCCACUCGGGUUGGAAAUGGCCUUCAACGUUCAAGAAGGGUGAGACCAUCGAGGCCACCAAGGUAGGAGUGUACCCGCUCGGUUUGGAUUCUGCGUGGCAUGGCACUGAUAAUGGCCUUCUCUUCUCAAAUUCAUACAAAAUGAAAUUGUCGAUAUUGAUGGGAUUCUGCCACAUGUCAUAUUCUUUCAUGUUUUCGUACAUCAACUACAAGCACAAACAUUCCACCGUAGACAUCAUUGGUAAUUUUAUACCAGGAUUGAUAUUCAUGCAAUCAAUUUUCGGAUAUCUAUCGUGGGCAAUCGUAUACAAAUGGUCGAAAGAUUGGAUAAAGGAUGGUAAAGCAGCUCCUGCUUUGCUCAAUAUGCUGAUAAACAUGUUUCUAUCCCCUGGAACUAUUGAUGAUCAAUUAUAUCCCGGACAGGCAUUCUUACAAACAAUCCUUCUGAUUGCUGCGUUAAUAUGCGUACCAUGGCUGUUACUUUACAAACCAUUGACAUUGAGGCGACAAAACGAAUACGCAAUAGCUCAUGGAUACCAGAGUGUCAGUCAUCAGCAAACGACAGAAUCCCUAGUAGAUUCACAGCAAGAGGCUGGUGAUGACAUGGUCGUUACUGAUUUUGCAGAUGCGGAUGAACAUAAAGAGUUCAAUUUUGGUGAUGUGAUGAUUCAUCAGGUGAUACAUACGAUCGAGUUCUGUCUGAACUGCAUCUCGCACACGGCUUCUUAUUUGCGUUUAUGGGCUCUAUCUCUCGCACACGCCCAGUUAUCUAGUGUUUUAUGGUCCAUGACCAUUCAGAAUGGGUUUUCAUCGAGCAAUUCUGGCUCACCGUUAGCGGUCGCCAAAGUGGUUUUUCUUUUUGGAAUGUGGUUUAUAUUGACUGUUUGCAUUCUCGUGGCUAUGGAAGGUACUUCAGCCAUGCUUCACUCCUUGCGUCUUCAUUGGGUUGAGGCUAUGUCAAAAUUCUUUGAGGGUGAAGGUUACGCAUAUGAACCGUUCUCUUUUGCGAGUUUGAGUGAUUGA